AGGCGGAGAGUUCAGUGAUAGAGAUGUGGAGUGGAUGUUGACAAUGUAGCCGCUUGUUCCGACAGUUUUGCUGUUAUCUUCGUUUGACUGUCGCCUAACCCGCAACUCUCCCUUGAUUCACUUCGAAAUUGCACUUAAAUUCACUUUGACUUCGUUUACACAUCCAGGAACAGACUCAGCGAUGAACUCUGGAAGCGACCGAGAACAUUUCACUUGAACGCUUUGAUCAUUUCCAGCGAUGGACAAGCAAAAAGUGCUGGCUCGGCUGGUUUCGGACCUGCAGGCGUUCUUGCUGGUUCUGGACAGUGAGAAUCUCAGUUAUAUUGCUCAGGCCCAGAAAAAAUCCAUCUCAGAGCUGCUAUAUAAACUACAGGACCACAAGGACACACCAGCAGAGGAUGCAGAGUACAUGAUUAUGAACUGUCCCUCUGGAGGCCCCAGUGAUCUCAGGGAAAGCACCACCGCUGAGGCUCAUUUGACAGAGGAACCCAUUUCAGUCACCUCUACUGAACGACUGCAGCAAGGAUCUAUGAGUUCUGCUGUCCCCCAACACCCCCCGUGUUUAGAGGAGGAUGACUGUUACGAGGAGGCAGAACCGUUUGUCCCGGCCAGUCAGACUACAGAUAAAGUGGACUCAGACAGCAGUCACUACGAGUCGUACGGUGAAGAGGAGGACGAGUUUGUGAAGGACAGAGCUCACUACAUCCAGUGGAGCUCCUCUCAACCCUGCUUAAGACCCGUGCCAGAGUCACGCAUUUGCGGAUACCUUUGGAGGAAGAAGUGGUUGGGUCAGUGGACCCGCCAGCUCUUCAUUAUUAAGCACGACUCACUACUGUGUUUUAAGUGUGCUAAAGACUUACACCCUCUGCUGGAGCUAAACCUCACGGGUUGCUACGUGGUCUUCAAAUCUAAACACAGCAAAAAGAUGCAGCACGAGCUGAAGGUGGUGGCCGGUGCCGACACAGUCAACUUGGGCUUCCAGAGCAGCACGCAGGCCGAAGAGUGGAGGAAGAUUAUAGAAGAAGUGAGCGGCUCCUCUUAUUACGAGCCUGAAUCCCAAAGCUCCUCAUCCAUCCUGAGGAGCGAGAGGCUGGACUCUUGCAGGUCAAGUACUGUCCUCCAUACAGACUCGGAUGAAGAGAAAAUCUCAAGUCUUCCAUCUACAAUUAGCAGUGUGGAGAUUAAAGACAAAGACAGAGCGGCCUUCCUGAACGUGCUGAUGAACUGUCAGUGGCAGAGUCUGUGGUGUCGCGUGGAGGACGGGGUUCUGAAGAUGUAUCGAGAUGAGGAGUCAGAACAGACCCCUCAAUACACGGUUCAGCUCAGAGGGAGUGAGGUCCGUCCCGGCCCGGAUACAGCACAUGCUUACCGCAUUACUAUAACACAGCACGGAGACCAGGUGGCUGUACUAGAGGCAAAUUGUGCAGAUGAUAAAGAGCAGUGGGUUCAGCUCCUGCAGGAUGGGAGUUCCACUGUAGCUGGUUCUCCAUAUCAACACACCAGCCACGAGUCACUGAGUGGUCUGAAAAGCCGCAAGUUCCCCACCUCAAACAUGUACAUGGACGACCCCUUUCAGCAGCUGUGUGGUGGAAUCCACUCUCAGCCCAUCUAUUCAAACUCAUCCAUACUGGAGCACAUGUUUCAGAAACCCUACACUAGUGGAAAUGGAGAAUUGGUGUCAUCCAAGGAUUCUGCCAACUACAGCAAUAAUGAAAUCUUCAGCAACCACAGUACAAAAGUGUUUGAGAAUGAAAGGGGUGUGCAGAAGCUGGACCUGACAGGAAAGAGUCGUGUGCAGUUACGAGCAGGGUCAGAGAUCAACCUCGUGAGCGUGGGGACCAAGCCAGCUAAACGGAAUUCCUUCAGACGGUCCCUUGCUUUCUGCACUGAACGAGCACAGGGGGGCUUUCUGACCCCACUCUUGAGGAGAACUGCGUCAGCAAAAAGCACCCUAAAGAAAGCUCCAUCUGCCCUGUUUAUCGAGCAUGGCAGGGUCUUCCAGAGGAGGAAGGAGUGGGAAACCAAAGCUUCAGGUUGACAUGAAGAGAAGACUCUCCCACAUUCCCCUCAUAUUGUCAGUAUAUUAUUGCACUGAAAAUAAUAUUCUUUCCAAGCAUGUGGAUCAUGCAGUGGUUUGGAUUUUUAAAGUUCUUUGUUAUUUUUUGGGGUCCUUGGUACUGUUAGGAAAAUAACCAAAAUCAAACAAACUCUUUAGCUCCAGAUUCUGUUCAUAUACAAACUUUCAUCUUCACAUCAAUAGGGAGCAACUACAAAAUAUUUUUUACAUUUCUAGUAAAUGUUUGUUGAGAUGAUGCUGAUGUACUUUUCUUUAGACAUGUAAGAUAACUUUGACACCAACAUUUCAGGUAGAAUAACUAUGUGUAUAGAAUGGCACAUUUAAAUAAAGUGGAUUUUUACGUUUAUCAUCAUAGCACAAUAUUUAUCCUUAUGUAAAUCACUUUGCACUUGAACUCAACCUAAACUGUGUUUGCAGUUUUCAGGAAGGCAUUGUCGUGGUCAAAAUCAGGAAUCGUCAGUGUGAAGAUCAAACACAAUAUGAUUAUAGCUAAAUGAUUAUUGAUUAUUGAAGAGUAAUUACCUCUUUAUUUUUUAUUUUUUACAAGACUCACAAAUCUGUGGUAAUUUAUCGACAUUUGUACAGUUUAUAUCAGUGCACACGCAGUGUAUUAUGUGUUGAGCUUUUUUUAAUAAUGUACCAUAACCACGUUUUUUUAUCCAUGUUUUUAUGAAGCAUUGAUUUGUCAUUACAGCUGAAGAGAUUUUGCUGGUAUUGAUCCCACUUUAGGGAAGGUUUUUCUGUAUAGUUUGGUAACUUGUUUAUGAUAGAAUGGCCUAAUGUUGCUGUACAAAUGAUAACUGUGGAGAACAAAAACACCACUAAUGAGCAUAGUAUUUGUACAAUAAAUAAAGCAAUGCUGGAUAAAGCAUAAUUUC